AUGUCUCCUCGUAUGGUGACGAAACGUUUGCAAGCCAAUCCCCACGCUCGGCGAACAGGUCAACAGCCACCUGAUCAACAACCAAAAAACUCAACCGAUCUACAAUUAUUUCACCACAUUACCAGAUAUCUUAACGCAUACUGCCGUAUCACAGAAUUACGGUUUAUCCCCAGCAACUGUUUUGCAUCCCGUGCCGGCCACCUGACCGCUGCCGAUUUGCCCAAUCUUCUGUUGAAGCACAACGCAAUCCACCCAUCCAUCCAUUCAUCGAUGCAUCCAUCCAUCCAUCCAUCCAUCCAUCCAACCACCCAUCCAUCCAUCCAUCCAUCCAUCCAACCACCCAUCCAUCCAUCCAUCCAUCCAUCCAACCACCCAUCCAUCCAUCCAUCCAUCCAUCCAACCACCCAUCCAUCCAUCCAUCCAUCCAUCCAACCACCCAUCCAUCCAUCCAUCCAUCCAUCCAACCACCCAUCCAUCCAUCCAUCCAUCCAUCCAACCACCCAUCCAUCCAUCCAUCCAUCCAUCCAACCACCCAUCCAUCCAUCCAUCCAUCCAUCCAACCAUCCAUCCAUCCAUCCAUCCAACCAUCCAUCCAUCCAUCCAUCCAACCAUCCAUCCAUCCAUCCAUCCAACCAUCCAUCCAUCCAUCCAUCCAACCAUCCAUCCAUCCAUCCAUCCAACCAUCCAUCCAUCCAUCCAUCCAACCAUCCAUCCAUCCAUCCAUCCAACCAUCCAUCCAUCCAUCCAUCCAACCAAUACAUCCGUUAUGCUCAUUUGCCUCCUUCGCCUCCCAUUGUCCUCACUGCAAUGUACGCGGUUACCUCGGUCGCCACAGCCUAA